AUGUCAGUCAGCCUGACACCCGACAUCCAGACGGAGGGAGAGAGUGGGCCACUAAUUGAGCCCUGUGGUCGAGGAAAGACCUCCCCUCAGCCACAGGGCCCCAAGGAAGGGUCAGGAGAGGGUCCAGAACCUGAGGAUAGCUCACCACAAGAUGUACAGAAACGGGCUCCUAACCACAGUCAUGGCAGGAAAAGGGCCAAGUCUAAUGCUAAAGUGAAACUGGUGAGGAGUCUUGCAGUUUGUGAGGAGUCUUCUGGUCUCUUCCUAAAUGAUGGCCCUCAAGAAUCGGAUAUUAUCCAGCUUCACAUCAGUUGUCCGUCAGACAAGGAAGAGGAGAAAUCCUCCAAAGAUGAAUAUGAAAAUGAAGAGAAGGAGAAGAAGGACAAGACUCCACGGAAGAUGUUGUCACGUGACUCUAGUCAGGAAUACACUGACUCCACGGGGAUCGACGUUCACGAGUUUCUGGUCAACACACUGAAAAACAAUCCCAGGGAUCGAAUGAUGCUGCUUAAACUAGAACAAGAUAUCCUGGACUUCAUUAAUGAUGACAACAACCAAUACAAAAAAUUUCCUCAGAUGACAUCAUAUCACCGCAUGCUACUGCACCGCGUCGCCGCCUAUUUUGGAAUGGAUCACAACGUGGAUCAGACAGGCAAGGCGGUCAUCAUCAACAAGACGGGCAACACACGCAUCCCUGAGCAAAGGUUCUCAGAACACAUCAAGGACGAGCGCAACAUGGACUUUCAGAAGAAAUUUAUACUCAAGAGAGAUGACGCCAGCAUGGACAAGGAUGAUAAUCAGAUCCGUGUGCCACUGCAAGACGGCCGGCGUAGCAAAUCCAUCGAGGAGCGAGAGGAAGAAUAUCAGCGGGUACGAGACCGGAUCUUUGCCCGAGAAGUGUCCUUUUUUUUACAGUCCUCUCAGAAUGGAUACAUCAACGACAACAGACUUUCCACCGAGGGCUACUGCUCUAGCUCUCAAAAGAGGAGGCAGAUCUUUAGAGGGAACCGUGAUAGCUCCAGCCGGGCGUCCAGCAGUCGCCAAAGCAGCACGGACAGCGACAUGAAAUGCUUGGAGCCGCGGCCCUGGAGUAGCACCGACUCAGACAGCUCUAAUCGCACGCUUCGUCCUCCCGUCACCAAAGCCAGCAGCUUUUCUGGAAUCUCCAUCUUGACUCGUGGGGACAGCCUCGGCAGCAACAAAGGCUCGCAGGGAAACUGCAAAGGCUCUCGCUCUGGCCUGCCCCUAGUCAGUCCUGAUGUGUGUCCCCCACCUGUAGCCUCCCAGUCUAGCCGUAGCCUGCUCCCCUGCCCGACACAACCGCCCCAGCAGCCUCAACCCCAGGCCAUGCCUCAGACCGCCUUGCUGCCGACUCCGCAGCAACACCCCAUGGGCAACCACAUCAUAGCUCAGCCGGUAGCAUCUCUGCAGCCCUCUCAGCCUGUCUCCUACUCCAGCCCCUCCUGCCCCCAGGUUCUCCUGCCAGUAUCUCCUCCCCAGCAGUACACAAUGGGAGAAGAACUGGCACCCCAGUUUAGCCAAAUGACACUUAGCCGCCAGGGCUCCAGUGAGAACCCCGAGCCUCCCCCCUUGUACCAAGCUCCUCCCACUGUCCUCUCCCAGCACCCGCCUCCUCAGACCAGUUACAUCAUGGCCACCACUGGCCAGCCCAUACCUCCUCCGUCUGGUUACCAGCCUGCCACGGGGCAUCCGCACCCUCCACCGCCACCGCCUCCUCCGUCUCAGCCCGUCAUGCAGGCACCACCACCGCAGGGCUAUAUGCAGCCACCUCCGCCCCAGCAGAUCCAAGUUUCAUAUUACCCUCCUGGUCAGUAUCCUAGUUCAGGCCAGCAGUACCGUGUGGCCCAGCCCAUGUCCCACCAGGUGUCUUAUCCUGCUCAGCGCACGCAGCCCAUGCCUCAACCUACACAGCAGUCAGGUCUGCAAACAAUGAUGCCCAGUCAGCAGCCCAGCUACCAAAGCAUGAUGAGUGUGCAGCAGCCACAAAACCCCGCUCUGCUCAACUCCCAGAGAGCUGGCAUUGGAGGGCAAAUACAAAGUAUUAUGGUGCAGUAUCCACAGAUUCCAUCCUAUCAGGUGCCAGUGGCAAAUGAGAGCCAGCAGGUGGUGCAGCAGCAGUACCAGCAGCAGGUGAUGGUGCCGGUCAGCCAGUCGGUCCAGGGCCCCAUGCCUGUUUACUACAGUGUUAUCACACCAACACAGCAGAACAGCACAAGCCCAUCAGUAGGCUACCUGCAGCCCCCCAGCUCUGAGCAGUAUCAAAUCACCCCAUCGCCGUCCCCCUGCAACCCUCAACAGUUACAACAGCAAUACUCAGGAGUCCCGCCUCCUGGUCCCGGAGUCAUGGUAAUGCAGCUCAGCGUCCCUAAUGGACCGCAGCCUUCCCAGAAUCCUCCACUGGUGCAGUGGAACCCAUGCAAGUAUUACAGCAUUGAGCAGAGGCCUGGCAAGCCAGGAGAGCUCUACAAAGCUGAUAACACUCCACAGGCCAGCACCCAGCUGACGAGUCCGCUGGCCUCUCCAACUCAGUCCCCCACACCGUCUCCUGCUGGAAACGUUAGCAGCGUCUGUCCGGGCCUGGGACCAUUACCGCUCAUUCCCCAGUUUCCACGACCAGGAGGAACGGCUCCAGGUGAUGGCCGCUAUUCUCUACUGGGACAGCCCCUCCAGUACAGCCUGUGCCCUCCUCAGCUCAUGCAUGGCCAGUCGUCAUAUAACUCUCAUCAGGGCCAAGGAGUCAUGAAACACGGUGCACGAGGGAAGAAGCAAACACUGAAAUCGGCAUCCACUGAUCUCGGUACCACAGAUGUUGUGGUGAGUCGUGUGCUCGAAGUAACGGACCUGCCCGAGGGAAUUUCACGUCCAGACGCCGAGAAGCUCUUCAACCAGCUGUCUAUGUGCGGCGCCAAGAUCCAGUGGCUGAAGGAGCCUCAGGGAAGCCGGGGGGGCUGUGGGCCCGCAGGGGCCGCAGGUGUAGUGGGUGGCGGCGACCCGGCCCACCUGUACACGGUAGUGGCUGUGUUCCCUAGCACCAUGGCCGCCCAGAGUGCUUCCUUCAAACUGAACAACAGUGCGGCAGGCCUGUUCAAACUGAGGGCCGCCAAAAAGAACUAUGACCUGCGCGUGCUGGAGCGAGCCAGUUCUCAGUGA